AUGGAGGUUCCCAGGCUAGGGGUCAAAUCAGAGCUGUAGCUGCCAGCCUACGCCACAGCCACAGCAAGUCCAGAUCCUUAACCCACUGAGCGAGGCCAGGAAUCAAACCUGCAACCUCAUAGAUCCUAGUCAGAUUCUUUUCCACUGUGCCACAACGGGAAUUCCUAUUUCACAGCUCUUGAUUAAAAUCCUUAAACAGCUCCUCUUUACCUUAAGGGAAAAAAAGCCAAAUUUCUUAACCUGGACUAUAAGACUUUUCAUGAUCUGGCCUCUAUAUAACUUUCUGCCUUCUUCUUUCCUGGCUCCUGUCAUUCCCAGACCCCCUCACAUUCCAUUCUCAAUGAUCCAGCAAUGAACAACUGGCAGAAUGGACUGCACUAGGCAGUAAGGCCUUUCUGCACUUGAACAUAGAUCUUAUUUUACUUAGAAACUUCUUCUCUUUCUUCAAAUAGUUAAUACAGAUUCAUCCUUCCAAAGUCAGCCCUGAUAUUACCACCUCUGGGAAGCCUUGCCUGAUCUCCCUCAGCUGCCUCCAUAGUCCUGUGUGGUUCCAUGGUAGAUGGCCUAUCACCACAGUGCUCACUACACUAUAUGACAUUUACUAUCUUUCAUGAGCAUCUAUAUAUCUAUAUAUCUAUAUCUACCUAUCUAUCUAUCUAUCUAUCUAUCUAUCUAUCUAUCUAUCUAUCUAUCUAUAGAUAGUCUUUUUAGGGCCGCACCUGAGGCAUAUGGAAGUUCCCAGGCCAGGGGUUGAAUUGGAGCUUCAGCUGCUGGCCUACACCACAUCCACAGCAACACGGGAUCUGAGCAACCUACACCACAGCUCAUGGCAACACUGGAUCCUUAACCCACUGAGCAAGGCCAGGGAUCAAACCCUUGUCCUCUUGGAUACUAGUCAGGUUUGUUGCAACUGAGCCAUGACAGGAACUCAAUCCUCAUAUAUUUAAUCUUAUCCCUAGCACACAGCACCAUGUUUUGAGUAUUCCCUCAGCGAAUGCUGAGAGAAUAAACAAAUAAUUGCAUAAUGUUAACCCAGCAUUUUCAAAACACAUUUUUUCAGAGUAAUUUUACCUAUUAUACUACCACCAAAAAUAGAGUUUCCUGUUGUUCCACAUCCUUUCAAAUGCUUAAUAUUCUUAGAUACAAAUUUAAAAUAUUGUGGAGGGUGGGUCUUUAGUGAUAUCUCAUCCUAGUUUUCAAUGUCAUUAAUAUGCUAAUAGAUAUAGUAUUAAGGAAAGUCCCCCCCCCACCUCUACUUAUUAAUAUUUCCUGAAACAGCAAAUGCAAAGGCUCUGCAGUUAGACUUUUUCAAGGAAUGGUAAAAAAGCCAGUGACUGUGGAGCAAGAGGCAGAACCAUAGUCAAGAUCUUGGAAUGAUCCCAUCAUUCGUUCUCAAGUUUUGCUAUUCAUGUGAAAACCCAGUGUGCUUGUUAAAAUUGGACAUUCUUGGACUUCCCGUGUGGCUCACAACAUUACUUGGCAUUGCUUCUACAGUGGCGGUGGCUGGACCCCUAGCUCGGGAACGUCUAUAUGCCGCAGGCCACUUGUUUAAAAAAAAAUUUUUUUUUUAAAUAAUAAAAAAUAAAAAAAUUAAAUUCAACAUUCUUGGGUUGCAUGCCCCAGAAAUUCUGAUUCAGUAGUUCAGAACUCGGGCCCUAAUAUCUGUAUUUAAAAUAAGCUUGUCAAGUAAUUCUGACCCAGUUUGCUUAUGGUCUACAGAAUAAGAAACACUGUUUAGAGAAUUAGGUUUUUUCCUAAAUGAGCACAGUAUUACAUAUUACAAUGUCAUUUAAGAGAUUGCUUUUCCUAUAAUCCGGUUAAAACGUUAAAACUGUGAUUUUCUCUCUUCAUGGGUACGUGCAGCAGCAUGUUACAAAAUUAAAAUUAAGCCCAUUUGGAGAUGUUUAAGAUAACCUUACAGUAAGCGAAGGCCUUUGAUCAUGUUGCAAAACCAAGAGUAAUUAUGUGGAAGUGGUAUGGUGAAAGAGCAUUGGUGCUGCUUUCAGAAGUGGUGGAUUUGAGAUUCCGGCUGUGUCAUUUUAGGCAAAUCCCUUAACUUGCAUGAAUUUCUAUUCUCAUCUAAAGUUAGUAUAAUACCUAUCCUACUAACCUUGAAAACCUGUAUAACCAUCAAAAUGAAGAGUGGCAGGGCACUAAUACAAAAGUAAGAUCUAAUCAUUGUUACAGGAAUGAUCAUUGUUUUUGAUUGACACACAUGAGUUAAAGAAAUAACAUUUAGACUCGGGGGCAUUUAUUUCGUAGAAUAAUCUCAGCAGCUUCCUACUAAAAAACUGUGAAAGCAUUUUACCAUUUGCAAAGAAAGUCUCAAGUGACAUGACCAUGGGUACAAAAUCAAUUUAGAGACAAGACCAGGAUUCUAGUGUUCUGAUUACUAUCCCAGGUCACUCCCCACCAUACUUUCCUCAUUUGUCUUUCUCAUUUUGUAUUAUAAUCCAUAGGCCAAAUGAUUCUGGCACACACCUGAGACUGAGAACCACUGCUUUACUGCAUUUGGUGUAGUGGUGGGGUGGUAAUCAUUGCCUUUAUCUUUUAUUACACUUAUUUGAUAAACAGCUUUAUUGAGGUAUUACUUACAUACCAUACAAAUCACCAAUCUAAACUGUACAAUUCAAUGGUUUUUAAUACACAGAGUUGUGCAGUUAUCACCACAAUCAAUUCCUCAUUUUCACACCCAUCCACCCCCGCCACCGCCCCAGUACUCAUUCUCUAUUCUUCUUUUCCCUCAACCACUGCCAAACACUAAUUUACAUUCUGUAUGGAUUUGCCUGGUUAAGACCGUUCCUAUAAUUGGAAUUACACAACACGUAACAUUUUAUGAUCUUCUUUCACUUAGCAAUUUUCAAGGAGUACCUAAUUGUUUUAAAAUUAGCAGUGUAACAAUAGAUAGUUUAGAAAUAAACCAGAAGGGAAAAAAAUCACCCAUAAUUCCAUCCUAAUACAAUCAACAGCAUACUUUUUUUUUUUCUCUUCUGCGGCUGCACUUUCAUCUCACUGGAAAAAAGAUGGAGGGUGACCCUCCCCGCCACCGGGCUCUCCACGCCCCCCCCGCCCAUCUCCACCCGGCGCCUUGAUGACGUCACUAUUUCGAGCCUCAGACCACCCCCCCCCACCGCCCUCCCUCCCUGUCGCGGUGGCUUUGACAGAACGCGAUGGCGGCGUCCGGGUCUGCGGGAGUGCCGGCGGCUGUGUCGGGAAAGCAAGAGUUUUACCAGCUUCUGAAGAACCUGAUCAAUCCAAGCUGUAUGGUGCGGAGGCAGGCAGAGGAAAUCUAUGAAAAUAUCCCAGGUCUGUGUAAGACUACAUUCCUCUUAGAUGCCGUCAGAAAUAGAAGAGCAGGUUUUGAGGUGAGACAAAUGGCUGCCGCACUGCUACGACGGCUUUUGUCAUCUGGGUUUGAGGAAGUCUAUCCAAAUCUGCCUUCUGAUGUUCAGAGGGACGUCAAGAUUGAACUAAUACUGGCCGUUAAGUUAGAAACACAUGCUAGCAUGAGGAAAAAACUUUGUGAUAUUUUUGCAGUGCUGGCGAGGAAUUUGAUAGAUGAGGAUGGCACUAACCACUGGCCGGAAGGUCUGAAGUUCCUUAUUGAUUCAAUCCACUCUAAAAAUGUUGUUCUAUGGGAAGUUGCACUUCACGUUUUUUGGCACUUUCCUGGAAUUUUUGGGAACCAAGAACGGCAUGAUUUGGAUAUCAUCAAACGGUUGUUGGACCAGUGUAUUCAAGAUCAAGAACAUCCAGCAAUCAGGACAUUAUCUGCUAGAGCUGCAGCUGCAUUUGUACUUGCUAAUGAGAAUAAUAUUGCUCUUUUCAAAGACUUUGCAGACUUGCUUCCUGGAAUCUUACAGGCUGUGAAUGAUUCAUGCUACCAGGAUGAUGAUUCAGUGCUAGAGUCCCUUGUUGAGAUUGCAGAUACUGUACCUAAAUAUUUGGGUCCUUAUUUAGAAGAUACUCUUCAAUUGAGUCUAAAGUUAUGUGGAGACUCCAGACUUAGUAAUCUGCAACGCCAGCUGGCUCUUGAAGUGAUAGUGACUUUAUCUGAAACUGCAACCCCAAUGUUGAAAAAACAUACAAAUAUUAUUGCACAGGCAAUUCCUCAUAUAUUAGCAAUGAUGGUUGAUCUUCAAGAUGAUGAGGACUGGGUAAAUGCUGAUGAAAUGGAAGAAGAUGAUUUUGACAGCAAUGCAGUUGCUGCUGAGAGUGCACUAGAUAGACUGGCUUGUGGGCUCGGUGGAAAACUUGUUUUACCAAUGACUAAGGAGCAUAUCAUGCAGAUGCUUCAGAGCCCUGACUGGAAAUAUCGACAUGCUGGAUUAAUGGCCUUAUCUGCUAUUGGAGAAGGAUGCCAUCAGCAAAUGGAAUCAAUUCUAGAUGAAACAGUUAACUCUGUUUUGCUUUUUCUUCAGGAUCCUCAUCCAAGGGUGAGGGCUGCAGCCUGUACUACACUUGGACAGAUGGCUACAGAUUUUGCACCUAACUUCCAAAAGAAAUUCCAUGAGACGGUGAUUGCUGCUCUGUUGCGUACCAUGGAAAAUCAAGGUAAUCAGCGUGUACAGUCACAUGCAGCUUCUGCACUUAUUAUUUUUAUUGAAGACUGUCCCAAAUCAUUGCUUGUCCUAUAUUUGGAUAGUAUGGUGAGAAAUCUACAUUCCAUCUUGGUGAUUAAACUUCAAGAGUUGAUUCGCAAUGGAACUAAGUUGGCUUUGGAACAGCUUGUGACAACCAUUGCCUCAGUUGCAGAUACAAUAGAAGAAAAAUUUGUUCCAUAUUAUGAUAUAUUUAUGCCCUCACUGAAGCAUAUUGUUGAGCUUGCUGUUCAAAAGGAACUCAAGCUUCUGAAAGGAAAAACUAUUGAAUGCAUUAGCCAUGUUGGUCUUGCUGUUGGGAAGGAAAAAUUUAUGCAAGAUGCAUCAAAUGUGAUGCAACUAUUGUUGAAGACACAAUCAGACUUAAAUAAUAUGGAAGAUGAUGACCCUCAGACCUCUUACAUGAUUCCCGCAUGGGCUAGAAUGUGUAAAAUUCUUGGAAAUGAUUUUCAACAGUACCUUCCACUAGUUAUUGAGCCUCUUAUUAAGACUGCUUCAGCUAAACCUGAUGUUGCUCUCUUAGACACACAAGAUGUGGAGAAUAUGAGUGAUGAUGAUGGAUGGCAAUUUGUAAAUCUUGGAGACCAGCAAAGUUUUGGAAUUAAAACUUCAGGGCUUGAAGCAAAAGCAACUGCUUGCCAGAUGUUGGUUUAUUAUGCUAAGGAGUUAAGGGAAGGAUUUGUGGGAUAUACAGAACAAGUUGUAAAACUGAUGGUUCCUUUACUGAAAUUUUAUUUCCAUGACAACGUUCGAGUGGCAGCAGCAGAGUCCAUGCCUUUUCUUCUGGAAUGUGCACGAAUUCGUGGCCCAGAGUAUCUUUCACAGAUGUGGCAGUUCAUAUGUGAUCCCUUAAUCAAGGCUAUUGGGACUGAACCUGAUACAGAUGUACUCUCAGAAAUAAUGAAUUCUUUUGCAAAGUCCAUUGAAGUAAUGGGAGAUGGGUGCCUUAAUGAUGAACACUUGGAAGAGCUGGGAGAAAUACUAAAAGCGAAACUUGAAGGGCACUUUAAAAACCAAGAAUUGAGACAGGUUAAAAGACGGGAAGAAAACUACGACCAACAAGUUGAAAUGUCUCUGCAAGAUGAGGAUGAAUGUGAUGUUUAUAUUCUGACCAAAGUAUCAGAUAUUUUGCACUCAUUAUUUAGUACUUAUAAAGAAAAGAUUUUACCAUGGUUUGAACAGCUGCUUCCAUUAAUUGUAAAUCUAAUUUGUUCUAACAGGCCAUGGCCAGACAGACAGUGGGGAUUGUGCAUAUUUGAUGAUAUCAUAGAACACUGCAGUCCAACCUCAUUUAAAUACGUGGAACAUUUUCGGUGGCCAAUGCUGCUAAAUAUGCGAGACAACAACCCUGAAGUCAGGCAAGCUGCUGCUUAUGGCCUGGGUGUUAUGGCGCAGUUUGGUGGAGAUGAUUAUCGUUCUUUAUGUUCUGAAGCUGUUCCGCUGCUGGUAAAAGUUAUUAAGUGUGCAAACUCCAAAACCAAAAAAAAUGUCAUUGCUACAGAGAACUGUAUCUCAGCAGUAGGGAAGAUUUUGAGGUUUAAGCCUAACUGUGUAAAUGUAGAUGAAGUUCUUCCACACUGGUUAUCAUGGCUUCCAUUGCAUGAGGAUAAAGAGGAAGCUAUUCAGACUUUGAGUUUUCUCUGUGACUUAAUUGAAAGUAACCACCCGGUUGUACUUGGUCCAAAUAAUUCUAAUCUUCCAAAAAUAAUCAGUAUAAUUGCAGAAGGGAAAAUUAAUGAGACUAUUAACUAUGAAGAGCCUUGUGCCAAACGCCUAGCUAAUGUUGUGCGUCAGGUACAGACUUCUGAAGAAUUAUGGUUGGAAUGCAUUUCCCAACUUGAUAAUGAGCAGCAGGAGGCCUUAGAGGAGUUGCUAAAUUUUGCUUGAAGCACUUUACUAUUAUUUGAAUAUUCUCUACAAUAAAAGUAACUCAAAAUAAGUGCUAUGAGUGGAUUCCAUUAUGAUUGAGAACACUGUUCUCCCCUUGCAAAGCCACUUAUGUACCUUCCUCAUGUUUCUCCAGAAUUAGUCAGUGUUACAGCUUCUGUUCACCUUGCAUGUUUUAUCUCUUAAACACAAGCCUGGGUGAUAACCUGUUCUUCUGUUGUCUUAGAAUGUCUGUCACAUUUCAUCUAGUUGAUGUGAAGUAUAUAAAUUGUUGCUGUUUUAUCUGAGUUACUGAUGCUGGGCAAGCAGUAUAUUUGGUAUCAAGAUGUCAUGCUGCCUACCACAAGAUACUAAGAGCUCACAGAUAUGGGAUAGGAGAACUUCCACAACAAUCAUCUUUGGAAUUGUGUGUGAAGAAUAUAGUGGUGGGCUAAUUCCUCCUUGAUAAUACUCCUAAUAUUCAUAGUAACAGAAGGAUGCUGAAAUUGGAAGAGUUUUGAGAUAUCACAGUGGAUGUGUGCAGUGUUCUCUUAUAUAUGAACUUUGUAAUAACGCCCUCCUGAGACUCAGUGAGGUGUAUCCAUAUUCUAGUUCCCAAGGUGUCCAGAGAGUUAGAAUUUUAAAAUCUUAGUCAGGCUGGCCUCUCUCUCUCUUUUUUUAAAAGUUAUCCAGGCUUCUAAGAACCAUGGUUACUGAAAAGGGUGUCCUGGUAUAUCUAACAUUGGUAGCAUGUAACAUACUGCAACACAGUGUUUGACAAAUGGUAAAUAAUAUUUAUGGGAGUCGUCAAUAUUAUGUGUUUGAGCAGAAUAUUGCAUUGUAUAUGUAUGCCAUUUUCCCCCACAAAGCAGUUCAACAAGAAGAAAAGCCCUGAUUGAAAUUGGGGCUUAAAUAGAUUUCUACUUUGGAGAAGUUCUUAAUAGAUUGUAUGGUAGCAUUCUAAUAGGAGUGUUCUAUUGUGAUAAUGAAAGGGAAGCAAAAUUAAUUUUAUCUUUAAACAGGAAAAAGAAAACAGUUUUAAGACAGUCAUUUAGAAGUAGGUGUGCAUUGUGAGAAAACAGUUCUAUAAAUCUAGGGUUAAUUACAUUAAUUGGAAUGUUGGUCUUUAAUGUCAGGCUUCUUGUAGGAUAGGAAAAAAUCUUUCUAUUCAACAAGUUAUUGAUCCAAAAUUUAAGAACAAAUACAUCUGUCAUGAUUUACUGGGGCUACUGUGAGUAGUAUGUAUGUAAAGUAUUUAGUAAAUAUUUAAGACCUAAUAAGUGCUUAAUAAAUGGUAGCUGUAUUGUGUUGGUGUUUUUA